UUCCACUUCCGCCGCCAUUUCCGCUUCCUGCAGCGGCGGUCGCGAUGUCGGCGCUGGCCGCGAAUCCCAACAACCCCGUGGUUUUCUUCGAUGUAACCAUCGGCGGGCAGGAGGUCGGCCGCAUGAAGAUUGAGCUGUUCGCAGAUGUUGUACCCAAAACAGCAGAGAACUUCAGGCAGUUUUGUACAGGUGAAUUCAGGAAAGAUGGUGUCCCUAUAGGUUAUAAAGGAAGCACUUUCCACAGGGUAAUAAAGGAUUUCAUGAUCCAAGGAGGUGACUUCGUAAAUGGAGAUGGCACUGGAGUAGCCAGCAUAUACAGAGGUCCUUUUGCAGACGAGAACUUCAAGCUGAAACAUUCUGCUCCUGGCCUGCUUUCUAUGGCAAACAGCGGCCCGAGUACCAACGGCUGCCAGUUCUUCAUCACGUGCUCCAAGUGUGACUGGUUGGAUGGGAAACAUGUUGUGUUCGGUAAAAUUGUCGAUGGGCUGUUGGUCAUGAGAAAAAUUGAAAACGUGCCUACAGGUCCCAAUAACAAACCCAAGUUGCCAGUUGUGAUCUCUCAGUGUGGGGAAAUGUGAAGCGAUGAAGAAGCAAUGUGUGUUCCUUUACUGGUGAUCAGACCUGUGCUGGCUCUGUGCAAUUCUAAUUCCAGCCAGCUCACCUACUGCCCCAGACUUCUGCACAGGCCAGAUCCAUCCUCUUGAGGUUCUCCUGAAAUUAUUUAAUAAUGGGCAUUUUUUUUUUCUUUUUUUUUUCCUUUUCUUUUUGUUUUUUUUUUUACAUUUUGAAAUGUAAAUAAAGAAUUGUUUAAACAUGUGCAGUGCACAUCAA